UGUUCGAAGCUCUCCUGCAAUACCGGGGCAAUUUUUAUUUUUUUAUUUUUUGCAAACCAAAAAGAAACGUCAGGUCGCGCCAGAUAGUUGGGGUUUACGAGCAGCACAUGAAGGAGGCGUGAUGCUGCGCGCGUAAUGGAUUUCCCCAGCACUGCUGCGCAUCGGGGACCAGGAGCUGCAGCUGCAGCCGCAGUCCGGCCACGUUAAGAAAUCUGCUCCAACACUUUGAUGCCGGUGACCUUGGCCAGCAGCGGUGAUCACGCCCCUCGCUCUAGUAUAUUUGUGUGUGUGUGUUGCUUUUCUAUUCCUCAUGGCAUCGCCAGACGGGCUGGACGGGGAUCGCGUGUUGCAGCGGGGGAGAUCUCAGAGUGACCCGAGCAGCAUCACCGAAGUCCGCUUGGGUGAAGCGCACAGAGCAGACGUGAUGGACCAGCAGAGGGCGCUACACUCGGGUUGCCUGGUCGCGGGGGUCCGGACGCCUCCCGUCCGCCGCAACAGCAAGCUGGCCAGCCUGGGGCGCAUCUUCAAGCCCUGGAAAUGGAGGAAAAAGAAAAACGAGAAGCUGAAGCCCUCUGCGACCGCGGAGAAGAAGGCAGCUGCGCGACAGAAGAGCGAUAACCUUGUCAAGAGGAACCCCGGGGAGACAGAGACAGAGUUGGAUCUGGCCUGCGGAGGCAACGUUGACGAUCCGGACACCCCGACUCAAUCCGACGCCGAGGACAAAGACGAGGAGCCCGCGGCGCCUCUGGCCAGCGCCAGCGAAGACCUGGGCAGCGAUUUCGAGGUGUCAACAGUGCAAGAUGUGACUGAGGAUUCAAAGUCGCCGGGAGGUUCCGGUCAGAGUGAAGACGGAGAAGACGAGAGCGCCUUGCUGAGCGACCGCGGUGACGAGCUGCCGACGGGGAAGGUGGAGGCCGCCGAAGGGAAGCAGCAGCAGACGGCGGCAGCGGUGGCGUCGGUGGCGUCGGCGGUGGCUCCGCCCCGACGUGCCGCCGUCUCUCCUCCGCCCCGACGUGCCGCCGUCUCUCCUCCGCCCCGACGUGCCGCCGUCUCUCCUCCGCCCCGACGUGCCGUCGUCUCUCCUCCGCCCAAAGUGCCGCUCAAACUGCUCCCCAGACUCGGCAGCCUAGACCAUGCUCCAUCAGUUCCAGUUAAGAAGUCUCCAGCCACUUUACCCCGGAACUUCACUCUUCCCAAAGACCCCCACGGCUCCCUGUUGAGAGGCAGGAUCCUCACACCCGCCGGGUCCCCGCACCUCGGGUCUUUGCACUCGCAGCUGCCCCCCAGCUGCAUCAUUGAGGAACUGCACCGCGCCCUGGCCACCAAACACAGACAGGACAGUUUUCAGACGAAGGAGGCGCGCUCCUCUCUGAAGCGCCGGCUGGACGGCCGUCUCUCCCGCACAUCCAGCACGGAACGGGAGCCCGCCGGGCAGUCGGGGAGCAAGCAGGUGUCCGACGAGAACAAGGAGAACUGGCGCCUGGACGAGUACCUGAAUGACCAGGACGGCUGGAACGACUCCAUCAUCUCCGGCACCCUCCCGCGCAGGAUGCGGAAGGAGCUGCUGACCGUGAAGCUUCGGAACCGGCCCAGCCAGCGGGAGCUGGAGGACCGCAACAUCUUCCCGGUGCGCAGCGACCAGGAGCGGCAGGAAAUCCGGCAGCAGAUAGAGACGAAGCUGUCUAAGAGGCUGAGCCAGAGGCCAGCGGUGGAGGAGCUGGAGAGUCGGAACAUCUUGAAGCAAAGAAAUGACCAGACGGAACAGGAGGAGAGGAGGGAAAUCAAACAGCGGCUGAACAGAAAGCUGAACCAGCGGCCGACAGUGGACGAGCUGCGGGACAGAAAGAUCCUCAUCCGCUUCAGCGACUACGUGGAAGUGGCCAAAGCUCAGGACUACGACAGGCGGGCCGACAAGCCCUGGACCCGGCUGUCAGCCGCUGACAAAGCGGCGAUACGGAAGGAGCUGAACGAGUUCAAGAGCAACGAGAUGGAAGUUCACACUUCGAGCAAGCACCUGACGAGGUUCCACCGGCCGUAGCAAGGUUUUCUUCUGUGAAGAGUUGCCGAUGUAUAUCUGGUUCUGUCGGUGGAGUCGUCCGGCGCCGCGGCCCACAGUCAGUGGGCACUCCGGUACUCGUGUCCAGCGAAACCGUUGGAGGCUAUGUCUCUGGAAAAAGGGGAGGCGGCCUGGUAGAUGGCGUGGACUGCACUGCUGCUCGGAGGAACCGCUCCUCCACCAACCCCGUCGCCUCACACCUUGUCAGAAGAGCGGGGGGGAGGAGUCAAGGUCACGUGUUCGCCGUCGACGAGCAGAGACUUUUAUUUUGUAAAACAAACUCCUUUGAAAGACUUCUUUUUUCUUUUCUUUCUUCGACGCCAUGGGAGGAGAAAGGGUACGGGGGGGGGUGUGCGUGUGACCGAGUCAAACCAGUCCCCACUCCAGUAUUAGUAGUGACGCACACACACCCCCGUCCACCUCCCAGUGUCGGUCGAUGCGUUUCAUAUCGACGGUGUAAACAGAAACCUGGUCUGUGUAAAAGACAGAAUUCCCUUUGUAAGCACUAUUUAUUGUCUGCACAAUACAGGUUUUCAAUUUGUAACAAACUG